UUUAGCACAGAUAGAAAAACCACACCUUAAACGAAAUAUCAAUACAGUAUUCUGUUUGACGGUACCAAUAGAUCGGCUGAGUUGUAUACGUUUGUAUAUUUUACGUUUGUUUAGUGGAUAACUGUAGAAUAAGCUCACUUGGAUAUCAGCAGAAAAUUAACACUGUGAAAUGUGGAACUGGUUGAAUAAUAUAAUUCAGGGGAAUCCACCCUUGGAAGCCAAUGGGUUCGGAGAGAUACCAAAAAAGCGAGGCAUUUUGGCAGGGGUGACAGCAAGUAUUUUUAUUGUGUUAUUCAUCAUCUACUAUUUAAUUGAAGUCCAGUCUGAGCAACCAGAAAGCUUAAAGAGAGCACUCCAUGCUUGUCUCAACCAUUCUGCCGAGAAUUGUAAAGAUACUCCAAUUCACAAGUAUCACUGUGUCCUCGCUUUGUUUUUCACGUUUUGUGGCGCUAUCUGUGGAAAAUUCAUUGAAUGCUUUUGCGUGUUCACUGAGGAAUUCCGGCAUGUUAGCAGUCGCCAUGACAAUUCGUACUGGCAGACUUUCAAGAGCUGCUUCCAGGCGUUCUUCACCAAAAGAUCAGCCGGAGCAUAUAUUUUGAUGGUUAUCAUGUACUUCAUGGUGAUUGAUGUUGAAGUUUAUGAGCAUGUGAACCUCAAGUUGUACUUGCUAUCAUUCAUAUCAUCAGUUGGUGUCACCCUGAUUACAAACUAUGCGUUUGGUUUUAAGACACUGUCGAUAGUUGAGGUAAGUGAGAUCCAUGAAUCAAGUAACACAAAUGUUGCGCAAGGCAUGGCAUGGAGCUACUUCACUGGAUACUUGAGGAUCAUCCUACCAAAACUGAAAGAGACUAUAAGUAAAGACGAUAGAUGGAAAACAGAGAUGGAGGCUAUGAACUUGCCAUGCAAAUUUUUUGCCAUUGUGCCGCUCAACUGUAAAAUUCCUUCUAAACUCGGAGAAAGCCCUCUACAUGAAGGAAUUGAAUUUGAGGAUAAGCUACCAACAUUGUUAGUUGAUAGAGCUGGUGUCAAAGAGCGACCAUAUGUCCACUCUGUGUACAAAAUUCAGAAUGCUGAUGGCCAUUCAUAUUUUGCAAUCUGCGAGUAUGUAACGAUCAUCGACACAUUGUUCCAGAUGUCUGAUUCGAAGCCAGUAGACAAAAAGCUGCUGAAAGAACAAUGCCGUCUGCUUGUGAGAUAUCUCCAGGAAUUAGUUGAUGAUGAUCCAAAUUGUAGGCGCAUGUGCAAGAUAGUAACAUUGUCAGUUGUGAGCGCUCAUUCAGCAAGCUCAAGCUCAUACUGCCAUACCUCAGAGCCACAAUGGGACAAGCGAGGAGCUGCUUUGGCACUCCUUAGUGUGGAGUGCAAUGAAGCAAUGAACUUUGAUCAUGUUAUCAACUUAUUUGCUGAUGCAAACACGCAAAAUGCAGUUGCACGUGAAGACCGCCCUCUUUUGAGAGAUGUCCUCAUUGAUAAUAUCAGAGAAUUCGAAAUAUGA